UUUUCUAUAUCUCACACACAAGAUUCUCUUCAAAUCAUACAGUACAGUGGGCCACCAAAGCCCAAGCAAACCUCUCGUCGAAACCCCUCAAAGGCUCUGUCAAGCAAAGACAGUUUAAAAUUCAACACUAAACUAGAUAAUAAAGAGGAUUUUGUACCUACUUCGGACAGAGUUGAAGUCAUUAGUUCAACAUACUUGGUUGGAGAAGGCAGCAGCAAGAUCAGCGGUAGUAGAGGUGGAGAAGAUAGUGAUAUCAGCAAUUACGACGAUUUUGCGCCCCAGAACGACAGUGAAGGCGAAGAGUUUAAGCGAAACUUUCGAGAAGGCACAGAGGACGAGAGCUCAAAUCAGCCAGCUCCUUCUGAAAACACUAAUCAAGAAACUAUGGUCAUCAUCAAAGACAGUCAGCCCAGCUCAGAUAGAGACCAUGGCAGCUCGCACGAAAACAAUGCAGGAACGCAGAUAGGCGAUCGGCUUGAAGUUUCAAGCAUCACAGCCCCAGUUCUUCGCGGUGGAGAGUGUCCUAUAGACGUGAGGAAUGUUGUCGACUCCGAUGCGUUUGGACAAGAAAAGACUCAAAUGAGUGGGUUCCCGCGUCGCAAAUCUCCAUCAACUCCGCCAACAAGCUCGUCAAAGAUGGAUAUCGAACAAUCAACGCAAGGCAGCCCUCCUACGAUCGAAAACACAAGCAACUGCGUGGCUGACCCGCAAGCGGAAACGCUUCCAGCCAACCAAGCACCACAUUCGAUCGUCAAACACGACAUCGAAGCAGCGCCUCAAGCACAAUGUGCGCCCAGUGAAGCAGCAAAGGCUGCCCCCCUCUGGUGGCAGGCAGUUCUCUAA